AUUUCAGCUGAAUUUGCACUUAUUUUUAUUCAUGCACACUUUUAGGAGAGGAUUGGCCAACGCGCCGAAUCACAGCGUAGGAAAAAUAUCGCAUCCCCUCAGCUGCUUUUUCCAGAUCUCCAUGACAACAAUUUGCAAUGGUGAAGAAUUCGAUACCGGGACGCUUGGAGGCUGAUUGGGGUGCAUUGUGAGGGGCCUGGGGUCGCUGAUUGGUUCAAGGAAAGCACCAUAACUACAAGGAGUUUAUAUUCAUUCAACUUGUUGAAGUGCUCCUGCUGCAGCCUGGAGAGAAGUCUGUGCUUGGACUGUGGCUGCGAGAGAGACUGAAGUCAGCAGUGAUCUGGAUGGUGGACUAUAAGUUAUAACAUGGACUGAUUUGAUCAAAAUCUUUGGCAAAGAUGGCAAAUGCAGAUAGUGAGGUCAAGACGUUGCUGAAUUUUGUGAAUCUGGCAUCCAGCGAUAUCAAAGCGGCCUUGGACAAGUCUGCUCCGUGCAGACGCUCUGUGGACCACAGGAAAUAUUUGCAGAAACAACUGAAGCGUUUCUCUCAGAAGUACUCCAGAGUGCCAAGAUGCCACACGCUCAGGUCUGCUGAGUAUGGGUGCACCAAACCGGUGGGAACAGCUCACCAGAGGGUGAAGGUCGCAGAGAAAGCCAGUUUGGAUGCUCAAGGUGUGGAGAAUAUGGGGAGCGUUGUAGAGCAGGUGCCCAUGAGGAAACGUCAACUACCUGCCUCAUUUUGGGAGGAACCGAAGUUGACCCCAACUAAGAGGGAGCACUCACAUUUAGGAUUGAGAAAGAACCACACGGGCCCAUCUGAGGGCAGUGAAAACGAAAAGAGGAAAAAGAGUUAUGAUGAUGAUGAUGCUGCAAAGGCCACUAUGUCUGCGUCCAGUCGACGCAGCUCUGCGGACAAAGAGACGCUGAAACUGGACCUGACCUCUCAUCACUGUGUGAGUGUUUGCGGCUGCUGCCCCUUUCAGUACCACGGACACCAGGUCCUCCACAGUCACAUUGUUGUCCCCCAUCCGCCUCUGGGAGUGUGGAGCAAAGCAGCAGGGACCCAGACAGAGAGACCCGAGCAUCCUUAUGGACAGAAAAUUCACACGCACGUUGUGGUCAAACCCAUACCGACCAAACCAUCUGUCCCUUCACCGAUCUUCAGUGUGUUUGGAUUCAUUUAAUUACCUUACUAAUGGACCAGUCACACAAAAAAUGUGCAAAUAGGACUAAUUAUUUUCAUUUUGUGUUUUACACAGACAAAUCUUUCUUUCUCUCAGCAUUUCUACAUGAGACACCUUCUUAAGCACUUAUUGGAAUGCUUCAUCUAUUUUUAUUGUUUAAAUCUAAAGGACUAAGUUGCACUUGCAGAAUAACUUCAAUACUGUUCAAAGGUGUCCACUUUUAGGUGUCUACAGAGAAUGACUGUUCUUUUUUUAAGUACCAAAAGUCAUGCAAAUGAAUGAAAGCAUCCUGUUUUAGUUUUCUCUUUCGACUGUGAGAAUAGAAUAUGGGACAUAGAUUGCUUUUUUCUUUGUCCAAGGAAUCUUUGAUAGGCGCAUUUGAAAAAAUGACUUUUAUUUUUAAAUAAAUGAUUCAACUUCCCUAAAGAA